UCUGACUCUAUGUGUCAAAAAUUUUAUAAAUGUUAACUUACAGAGGCAUGACUUGUGAAAUACUAUAAAAAUAUACAACUUACGGAACUACCAUUUAUAUUCUGCUUUAUAUGAUAUUUGUCUAUUAUGUCUUAUGCUGUAUUCAGGAUGGAACAUGAGGCUACCCAACUGGAAAAUCAGCAUGUACAUAGUGUAUAUAAAAGCACAGCCUCUUAUUUUCAUGACCUGCAGAGUAAAGCAUGGCCUCGUGUUCGUCAGUUUCUGUUGGAGCAAAAGCCUGGCAGUCUCAUUGCAGACAUAGGAUGUGGGACUGGAAAGUAUCUCAGUAUCAACAGUCAGGUGUUUAAUCUGGGAUGUGAUUAUUGUGAACCUUUGAUAAAGAUUGCAAGGAAGAAAGGCUGCGAAGUCUUGGUAUGUGACAACCUUAAUCUUCCCCUUAGGGAUCAGUGCAUCAAUGCAAUCAUCUCCAUUGGAGUGAUUCACCAUUUCUCAACUAAACAAAGAAGAAUCAAAGCAAUAAAAGAAAUGGCAAGGGUGUUGAAACCUGGUGGCCAGAUCAUGAUUUAUGUUUGGGCUAUGGAACAAAAAAAUCGUCGCUUUGAAAAACAAGAUGUAUUUGUUCCAUGGGAUAGGGACUUAUGCUCCCGGCUUCUUUCAGAAUCUAAUCAGUCUGGACAUAAAAGUGACCUUGGACAUAAUGAAAAGAAACACCCACAGCAACUAGAAGGCUCUGAAUGCAGCUACCCAAUAAAUCUUAAACAGGGACUUGAUACAAAAAGUUCCCACAGUACAGACCACUGCUCAGUCAAAACCUGCUGCAUGAAAAUGUCUGAAGAAGAGGAAAAUAGAUUCUAUAGUGCUCUUGGGAGAUCUUUUCGUUCAUGGUUUUUCUCCAGAUCCCUUGAUGAAUCAGCAUUAAGAAAGCAAACUGAGAAGGUAAAAACUCUGAAGAAUGGAGGAGGAUGGGUAAACAGUACUAUAUCUAUUCAACCAUCAAGACAUUGUAGUUUAGACUUAGGUCAUCAUGGGCCACUAUUAAAAGAACAAAGUUUAGAUGAUGAUGAAGUGUUCAUGGAAAAUGCAUCUCUCAAAAAACCACAAUGGAUGACAGCCUCAGGUGUAAUAAGGGAUUUAAAUAGAGAAUUUGAUGGAGUAGUUCAGAGCAAGAAUGAAGAAACAUCUUUUCUGAGUGGUCCUGUGAAAGACAGGGACUACAACUGUACUUCUAGUAAAGAUGAAGAUAAGUCUACCACUAGCAAACUCUUUCAAAGAACUUCAACAACUGACUCCACUGAUUCUAUUUUGGAUGAAGCAGUGGCUGUUGGGGACGAGGUUGUUGACAUAUUGGAUACAAAAGCCUUCAUGCGAUAUUAUCAUGUUUUUCGGGAAGGAGAGUUAAGCUGUCUAUUGGAAGAGAAUGUGCCUGAACUUCAUAUUAUUAGUUCUUGCUAUGAUCAUGGAAACUGGUGCAUUAUUGCAGAGAAAAUAGCCAAAUAACUGCUUACUAAGCAAAUCAAACAAAACUUUGAAAAUUAAGAACUUUGAACACUGCUCCUGGAAGGUGUUCUGUGGUAUUGUAAUUGUGCAGUAUAAAAUGGAAUUUGAGUCUCAUAUAGAUGUGUUACAUCCAUUUCUGAUUUUACUAUCUUUAAAUACUGUAUAUAAGAAUGCAAGAGGCAAAAAAUAAUACUUAUGUUUUAUUAAAGAUAGGCUUUUAAGAGUUUUUUAUUGCUUUUAGCAAAUGAUUCCGUAUUUAAAUGUACUUUUUUAUUGAAAAAUAAACAAAACAUUUUUAUAAGAUAAGGAUCAAGACAUCAUUAUGAGAAAUAUUUGCCCAGGAAAAAUUAAAGCUUGGUACAUCAAAUAUGUAAGCAUCUGUAUUAACUUUACUCAUUGGGGUCCUAAUUCAACUGUCCAUGAGUCUUUAGUAAGUAACUUAAGGACAUGCUUAACUUUAAACAUGUGCCUAAGUUCCAGUUUGGAUAUGUACUUUAAGGUAAGCACGAGUUUAAAAAUGUUGAAUUGGGGUCAUUGAAAUGGGCUACUCUAGGCUUAAAUGUUCGCAUGAUCAAGUCUUGAUUAUUCUGUGCUUAGCAUUCUGGAACAAAUGGGACCACUGUAUUUAAGAUUUUGGUCUUCAUUUUUUCUAUUAGAACAAUCUAAUUUAUGCCUCAGAACUAAGAGGCUGAGGCUCAGUCUUAUGUAUUCUCUGCCUCAAAUAUUUUAAUUUAUUUUCUAAAGUUUUAAAAGUUUUGCUUAUCUGUAAAUACAUUUCACUAAUUUUAAUAAUUGCUAUUUACAAAGAGUACAGAAAAUCAAGUGUAUUUGACUUGUACAUUUUUUGAGAGAAACAGGGGGAGCUCUGUGUAAAAUUAGUAUAAGUCUUAUGCCUCUCUGCUU